AAUUAAAAUGUGUCUAGCGGGGCCACUCACGGUACGUUUGGCUUGGGGUGUUCGGUGGCGAGAUGGAGCGCUGAGGUCGCUAUGAAGGACUGAGAGAUGAAAAUAGCGGUGAUGUCCCCAUAGUUGAAAGGGCUCCCCCUUACGAGACAGAAGUAGACAUUGGAAUGGUCGAACCCUUGGCGAGAGAAAAUCACCUGCAAACAUACGACUCAUCUUCCCCAGCCGACAGAGACACGGCUGGAUAGCACGAGAGCACAGCCCGCGACAUAACACGCACAACGGCGUGAAAAGAAACAAUUCUCCUAAACGCCGAUGCUCCAUUGAUCACAAAAAAGACGGUUGAAUUGACACUCGGUGGUGAUUUUGCGACAAACACUAUAUCAUCGUCGGCCUUCGAAUAUUACCUGCCCAGAAACUCCCGUGGAAACUUUUCGGCCGGCUCUCUCCAACACUCCUCGGACUUUAUACCGCGAAGCUUCGUCGAACUGGCCGACGACGACGGACUCCGACAUCGGCAAUUCUUGACCAUAUCCGUAGUCUUCAUCGUAAUCAUUUCCGUGUGGACAAACAUGUUUUUUGACACCCAGUUGUGAUAAGUGUUAUUCGACGUUCAAUCAGCACCCACGGUUUUAAUUUUGGUAGAUUCAUGACAGGAUUAGCGACGUAAUUAAGUCACUCCUCCCCUUUUCGUCAACAAACAAAUCCCAAGGAUCUUACCUUUUGCUUUCUACUUGCUAUUUUCUUCAUCUGCUUGCGGAAACCCCCACCUAGCACCACGCGACUUCACGGCGAAGGAUACGGCGUCGACAUGGCGCAGGAACGUUCGGAUUUGAUUGCCCACCGGCCGGGAUUCAGCACGGCCUCCGUCGGGGGCAACAGCUCGUUCUCGCCGGCGACACGGCUAUCGCAUACCCCAACAACUACGGACUUCCAACCGCCGUACUUUCCGCCUCCCUACAACAUUCCCCAGCCGCAAUCCCAGUUGGAUUUCCACCACUCGCAUGUGAAUGCCGAUCCUUAUUCUCACCUAAAUCCUAUACAUCCCCAGCCACAACACCAAUACCAGCUGCAUCCCCAACAGAGGACACAACACAUGCUUGGUCGCCGGGAUGAGGCCGAUCAUCUCCACCUACAGCACCCCGGUAUGCAGCUCCCAUCGGCUAGGGACUAUUCAGCCGUACGUCGCCCCGAUGUUUUAGUACACGGUGGACCCCAUGGACUCGCUCCUGAACAAACCGAUCUCAUGCUACACCAUCCCACGGGUUUACACCCCAUGGAUGACGGCUCGGUAAGUCUUGUUUUUCUUUUUUAACCUUCAGUCGUCGACUUGCCCUUUUUACGGCUCUUAUUCACCCUAUAUCCACCUAAACAAUGGAGCUACAACUUAAUCCUCGCUUAUCCAUUAUGACCUACAUGUGCCUAGCAAUAAAAUCGAUAACCGAAAAUCAUUACUACUCGGGGAUCCAUUCAUCUUUUUGGAAAAGGAAUGUCAUUGAAACUAUUAGAGGAAACUUUCAACAAACAAGUUCUAACUAUACUCAUUUAUCACUCGUUCACACCAAGAAAUAUAUCUUUAAAAUGUAGAUGAUUAUUAUGUGAAUAUAAUGAGAAAAUGAAUUGAAUGAUAUUAAAUAUGAAAAUACACCUGUUUUUAUGAGAUGGAAGUUCAGUAAAAAAAAUUAGGUUAAGGGGAAAUGAUUCAUGAUAGUUAUCCACCCAAUAUUUAUUACCAAUCCAAUUUUAGUUAUAUUUUUACGCCUAUGUAUGGUACUGAUAAAUUUGUUUACAUUUCAUGUUACUUCGUUAUUGUCUGUUUAUCUCUGAAAAUCUUUAAAUAGCUUUUUAUUUAGCUUCAAUUUUCAAGAUAAUUGUAUUGUUUUUUAUAUGUUUCUCUGGAAUACAUGCUAGUAGGCCUACAUGAUUUUUGUAAAAUAUAUUAACAUCGAGUGAAGAUUCUACAAGAUAGGUAAAUGAUGGUAUUCCCGAACUACAGUAUUUCAACAAAAAAAUGAUGAAAAUUUUCAGCGAAGUGAUGCAGAUAACAUCCAAGAAUUGGUUUAAAAAAGAAGCUAUUUUAUGCAGGUUUCUUCAAUAUUUUUCAUGGAAGAGAGCAAAGAGUAUAAUUGAAGAGAAGAAUACCAUUUUGAUGCGGGCAACUUACGGCAGAAUUGGUCAAUGCCGUUCAUUAUUAGAAGUUAUUACCCUCUAUCCGUUUGGGGAGUAAUCACACUGAACAAUGGCCAAUGAACGGGGAUAUAAUAGAGAGGAGAUUGUAGAUUCGAGGUUGGGGCAUGGUGAAAAUUAUACCCGUAUUAUUUUUGGUGGUUGCAAUUCACGAAUUCAAUGUCAGUUCCAGGCAAAGGAAAUGGAAAGACAAAAAAAUACACUGCAGUAAAGGAAGAUAUUGUGAUUAGGGUUUACAUUAAUAAUUUCAGACAAGUCAUGAGUUUAUUUCACCAAACAUUCUAUGUUAUAGAGCAGCCAGUACGAACUAUGCAAGAUGGUUUUAUAUGAUUUAUGAUGACAAAUGGAAAACGGAUAAACCUCUUAUAUUAAUACCUGGAAAUUGGCAAAAGUUUUCGAAAGGUGUCAGUAGGGUUUGAGCAUUAUUAUGAGAUAGUUUCAAUUGUGAAAUAAUUUACAAGAAGAUGAAUAUCAAAUCGAAAACUAUGGUCGGCAUAAAUUCUGUCAUUUACGAUUUUUAACAUUUCCUGUGAUAAGAAAAAGCAUUCCUUUUGUCAUUUUAUAAUAGUUAUUCAUGAUCGAGAAAACAAAUUGUGAGUCUGCAUGACGCCAGUCAGUUUAAUGUCGUUCCCUCAAAAUAUUGUAUUGGAUUAGUCUUACGACCCCAUAUAUAUUUUAUGGUAAUAUUUUUGUCUGGUUAUUUUAUGCAUAGAGCUAUUACAGAAUGUUUUAUGUAUGGAUUUCGUGAGUUAUAUGUUACAUUCAUAAUCUCCAUGAUGCAAACUGUAACAAGCGUCAGGUAGGCAGAAUUAUUGACAUCAGCUAGGGCUCCCCCUCAUGGCGGUUAGAAGUUAGCUUGUCCCGAAAACGUGAAAAUAUAAUUUGCUUACACGUUAGUUACUAAUAGGCAAUAUUUACCAUCCUCAUUCGCGCUAUUUACACAUUUUAUGUAGGAUUUGUCUCGCGUUUAAACAAUAUCUUGUACAACCACUUGCGUUGUUAUGUAAUGAACUCGAGAACACUUAACCGUUAUGUUUGUUUACGAGGCCGAAAUCUAACCCUUUACUUUAUCAUUAUGCCGCGUUUUUAUCGAUUUCUUAUAUGUUUUCAGUUAUCUAAGAUACAGUUCGGUUGUACUUUCAUCCGCCAUAGUCUUGUUUUAAUAAUUGUUUGAACAUUCCAAUGAGGUAGGAGAUUGAUAAGCACUUAUCACAAAUUAACAUCUUGGUGAUUUGUAUUGAGGGUCGCUUCAAAUUUCUUCAAGGAUUCAAACCAAUAGCAAUUGUUGAUUCUACUGCUCCGAAUAUAGAAAGGAAGGAUGGAAGAUGUUUGUCAAACAAUUGCCUGUUUACAUAAGGUAGAUGAUGUAAUGUUAAUGUCAUUUGAUCAGAAAAUGCAUAAAUAGGAAUUUAGCAGGAGUAGCAUUUCUCACUGAAAAAUAAACCGAAAUACAGACAUUAGGCCACUGAACAUCACUCUAUGCAUAUAGGUCCCCUACUUAUUUGCCAUUUUCUAAUGUUUUAGUCGACAACCACCCCGUUCCCUUUCUCGGCUAACACAUCAUUUUAAAACGUCAUAAUUGUCUCCCUCUUUCUCGCGACUGAGUAAGCAAGAGCGGUCAAUACUUGAUAUUUUCUAUUUACAAUUCGGAUCAAUGCCUUUUUGCUUGCUAGGUUGAACAGUCAACGGUCUCUCGCUGCUCCCCAAAACGGCAGAAAAUUACCACUUUCCUUCCCAACUCUAGCUGUCCUCCUAAACACAUCGGCUAGCUAGGCCUGUAAGAAACCUGUGUAACUGGUGAUGAAAUGAACUGGCACGAAAGAGGUUGGAAAAAAAAUGAUUUGUGAAGCGACAAUAUUUUGAGAAACCAAGUUAAACUUAAAGUGCAGCUCAACCCCGACGCAUUUUCUCCGUUCAAUAUCUUGCCAUGAGAGUGAUGAGAAAAAAUUCUCUUCUUCUCGAUCCCUCUUCUUUUAUUUUCUCUUUACUCACACGUGUACAAAAAAGUGAAUUCCCCGGUGGUAUGAAAUUUGUAAUUGAAUGUCCAUGGAAACGGUUUUCUGGUAAAUUUGUUAUGAAAGAAUGGUAAAUAUUGGGAGAUCCUGCUUGGGCGGAAGAGAGCUGGAGACGGGAGAAUAGUCGCCAAUCUCGUAGGGUGACUCUCCUUAUUCAGAGAAGAAAAUGGGUAAAAUAGAAUUACAGAUUACAAGCCAGCAUUAAACACGUUCAAAGUAUUGUAUUCUGGUCUGGAUAUUACGUAGAAAGGAAGAUGGCAGAGCCAUGAUGAAUAACCCUACACCUGUUUAAUAAAACAGUAGAAAAAUCAAAACUUAAGAAAACCCCCGAUACAUCUAUGUCUCCAGACCACUAAAUUAAUGUAAAACUUGUUGAGGGAAUUUCAUAUCUAAUUUACACUGACUUUCUUAUUAUUAGAAUGGAAAAAGAAACCAUUUUCGUUUUCGAAUGAACUCUAAAAUGGGCGCCAGCUUACAGGUUUACAGUAUCGCCCUAAUUAUGUGAAAGUGAGUACAUUUACUUGAGUGUGCAUAAUUUCUCACCGACAACAUUAGAAGGGAAAGGGGGACUGGAGAAGUCAAAAUCACUCCCGCCAUUCUGAUGUUCACACGAUCGACACGUAAAUGAAGCCCGCGCCUGGUUGUAAGUUAUCCCGAAAUAAAAACCUACCAAAAUGCUAGCUGUCAUCUUGGCAAAGGGGUUGAUAAAGCAGUUAAAGCAUGCCGUGUCAGUAUUAUCUUUCCUAUCCUCAUUCAUACGUCUAAAUUUGUCGUGCAAAAUUAAGAGCGCGCUAGCUUCUGUCACCAAAACCUGCACACGAAAACUCCCAUAUAUUUGUCGCUGAUUUUCGUAGGAGGCGUGUAACAGCAAGGAGGGAUAAUAGGAAUACCUUUUUGGUAACAGGGGGUUUCCAACUAUCCGUUGAUAUGAUUAUUAUGCUGUUUUUACGAGCUGUGAAAGGAAUAAGUCACCAGCCCUUCGCGCCUCCAGUAAUUUCUGACGUUGAACUGUUUUAGCGAUGUCGCUGGAAACCCAAGGGGGUACGACAGUAUUGCCAUAAAAUUGUACCAUAUAUUGGUACUGCCUGGCGUAGUGCCUUAACUAGCAUUGAGUUAUUUAUGUUCUUUUGCCCUCAACUAUUGCAGUGAUUACUUUAGAGGCUUGUAAAACAACAUAUUGGUGGGCAUGGGUGAUAUAUCAACUGAGUAUACAUGGUAUAUCGAUACUGUUUUAGGGGAGAGCGCUAGGAUUUGAUUUAUGGUAAGCGAUCGGGACGGCUCUUAAAUAUGACUUUCGCUCGCGUGGCAAGUAGUAAAACAAUAUGAUAAUGACAGGAUACCUUUCAAAUCCUCAUAACUCACCUUAAACUUGGAGGUAUCAGACACAUACCUCCAUGCAUUAAACAGGUCGAUGAAGGAAAAUGGAAGGGGAUGGACGCAAAAUGUUUAUCUAAAUCACCGAGGAAGCUAUUACUCUUCUUGUUUAGUUACAUAUAAGACAAGUAAAGGAUUUGAGGAUUAUAUGGAGAAUUUGAUUCGAGUUUAGAGACAGGAAAUGAAACGUUAUUUUUUCGUGAGGAAAAUUGAUUAAAUAGAAUGUGAAGUUAGAACGUGAAGUUUUGCCGGAGGUCAUUAUGUGCCGUUUACAGAAAUACUUUCAUACUCCCCGCAAUGGGACCUUUGGUAACAUGUUGGGGCAUAAUUACAUUCACAUAUUUUGUCGAAUGAUUUGUAAAUAGAUCAUAUUUUCACGAUUAAAAAUGCCACAAAUGCCAUAUAAUGUGAUUUUGCAAAGACACAGGAGUGAAUUUGUGCUCCUUUUUUUAAGUUCAGAAUUUAGUUAUACUUAUAAACAAGGCAUAUCAUUAUACUUUGGCCCUCAGGCGUGUCCGACCCUCCUCCCCCACACACACACACGCACACACUUCCUUACCAAGAGUAAAUAUACAGCCCUACAUCAUACAUGUACAUGAUUUUUGUAAAAAGAAAUGUAUCACUAUUUUUUUUAUGUUGUACAUUAUGUUUAUUAAUAAUUUCUGUUGGAAAAAUGCUGAAAUAAAAUCAAAUGAAAUCAAAUGUAGUCUCAUUUGAAAUUAACCUCGCGUUAAGAAAUGAAAGAGGCGUUGACGCAAUAAUUAAGUCAACUUAUAUAUUGAUAUUUUCUUUCGAUUAUUUUUUGGAUGUUUCUUUCGAUAAUUCUUUAUGAAUUUGCGAUAAUUUAUGAACAAUUUUUUGGACUGUAAUGUUUGUCUAGGAAUAGAUCCACAUUCCAUGAUGAAUGUAUUCAGCUUGGAAUGUAUAUUUCACGUUUUAUUUCCAGAGGGAUGUAUGAUCAUGUUUAUCAUGACUUUGUGUGUGGUAUUCAGUUUGUGAUUACUAAACAGACAUUAGACAGUUUGAGCUCCCAUUUCCGAUUGCCGAUUCGUGAUUAUUUUAACAGCUCUCAAAAAUCUAUAAAAAGAGUAUAUCAAUAUUGGAAAAUGCAAGUGAAAUAUUUGUUUUCUUCGAUAUGAAAAUAUACAAAUGUUGUAGCUUAAGAAAUAGGUCUGAACCUUCGAAAAAAAAAUUGAUGUAGCUCUAUGUUAAAUUGGUUUACAUUUAAUUGAUAUUACAAAUUUAUUUUGAUGCAUCCUUUAUUAUAAAAAAAACGAAAUAUUUUAUUCAUGUUGUUUUAAAAUUAUUACAUUUUAGCAUACACAUUGACAGUAUACGCCUGUGUUUAUUGAAUGUUUAACC